CAGCUGAAUGGACACAUGCAAAGGCCGGCGGCGGAGGGGCGCGGCAGCUCACCAUGGAGGGCAGGUACAUAACCGGUAGAGAGCUUAGCCCGUACGCGUGGGGUACCUCGGGCGGCGCGGGAGCUAGCACUUCCAUGUGGGAGCGCAUGCAACAGUUGGUUGUGUCCGCAGCCUCUCGCUGGGCAGGCCGGAGCGUGGGCACAACACCUCUGCUUGGCUAUGCAACGCGACUGCCUGUGGACGGGUAGGCCAUCCGCUGGAACGGCUCUCUUUUCAGGGCAGCAGUCGAAGGAGCAUGGAGGGGUUGCAGGGAUCUUUUGGCAUUCCUCAUUAGGGCUAGAGAGCGCGGGAUGAUUGUGCAUGUGGGAUGGCCUUCUCUGCAGCGUAACGCCAAAGUGGGAUGUCAGCAUAUCGUUUGCCAAUUCUUCAGAAAUCAUUGGGAAAUCUAUGGGUCGAUAUGGCGCU